UCACAAACAUCGCAGUAGAAAGAGGAAGAAAUUGAUCACGGGACUUGAUUGUUUGUGAGGCUUCGUUUUGAUCCAAUUAUACGUCAAUUCAAAGUCAGCAGGCGACUGACCGGGUCACUUUGUUGACCAUGAACACUUGGGCGUGUUUGUUACUGGCCGUCUGCUUCGCAGGGGCAUUGGCCAAUCCUAUCAGCAAAGAUGAGAGCAAAGGACAAAAAUUCCCCAAAGAAUGCGGCAUUGGGCCAACCUACUGGUGUCAUAACAUCACGACUGCUCAUAAUUGCCGGGCUGUGAAGCACUGCAUUCAGACUGUUUGGGAGCACCAGAAGUUGGAGGCUGACAAUGAUGACAUUUGCACCAUUUGUAAAGACAUGGUCACUCAGGCCAGAGAUCAACUCGAGAGCAACGAAACUCAGGAGGAGCUCAAAGAGGUUUUCGAAGGCUCUUGCAAGUUGAUCCCCAUCAAGAUCAUCAACCAAGAAUGCAUGAAGGUGUUUGAUGACUUCAUUCCUGACCUGGUCGACGCUCUGGCCUCGCAGAUGAACCCCCAGAUGGUUUGCACCACUGCUGGCCUCUGCAACAACGCCCGCAUCGACCGCCUCCUGGCUGAAAAUUCCCUCAACCAGGUGUACACCAAGUACGGACAGCAGUGUGGCGAUUGCCAUGCUUUCGUUGAUGACGUUCAGCCCAAACUCGAGUCUGUCACGGACAAGGACAUUGUGGAAAGACUGAUGCAGCUGUGUGGAAAGAUGGGCAGUUUGUCUCUUGGAUGCAGGGAGAUUGUGCUGAGCCACGCUGAUGAUAUCACUGGACACAUUAGGAAGCACUUCAACGCCAGGGAGGUCUGCGACCUUUCUGGCUCCUGCAAGGCUAAGCACCAUGAACACGCCCAGCCUCUUCUUGCAACCGCCCACAGGAACGAAAAAGACGAAACUUGCGACCUCUGCGAGCACCUUGUGCAGCACCUUCGUGAUGUCCUUGUGUCUAACACCACCGAGGAGGAGUUCAAGGACGUUCUUGUUGGAAUCUGCAAGCAGACCAAGACCUCUUUCAAGCAGCAGUGCCUCAGCCUGGUCAGCGAGUACUACCCCAUGAUUUACCACUUCCUCAGUGCCGAACUUCAGCCUCGCAUGGUCUGCGACCUUGCUGGAAUUUGCCACGAAGAUGUCAAGAGGAGGCCUCUGCUGGGAAUGCAUGAGGGUGACCUCUACAGGCAGAGACACAAGAUGCACUUGAUUGGUGGAGACGAAACCAAGGUUCCCGAACUGGCCAGAGUGCCCUUGACCAAGAAGGAGUCCAAUGUCCAGGUCAUAAACUCCGACAUCCUCGUACCGCUUCCUCCUGCCCUACCCAUUGAACUGAUGAUGCCCCAGAGCGUGAUUGGUGGAAACAAAGUCGAGUGUGAGACUUGUCAGUACUUCCUGCACUACGUCCAGCAGGAAUUGACCCUUCCAUCAACCGAGGCUGAGAUCAAGGAGUUUGUUGAUGAGGCUUGCGAUCACUUGCCCAAGUCAAUUGGCCCUCAGUGCAGAAGCUUUGUCUCCACCUACGCCGAUGCCCUGAUUGCUCUUCUUGCUCAGGAGGUCGAUCCUUCCCAGGUUUGCCCCAGUCUUGGAUUGUGCCCUACUUUCAAAAUCCCUGAGGUUUUGCCCAGUACUGACAACAAGAAAGACAACCCGACCUGUCCUCUCUGUCUGUACGCCAUGCAGCAGCUGGACAAAAUGCUCAAGGACAAUCGCACCGAGGACAGUGUGAAAGAGGCGUUGGAAUCGGUCUGUGCCAUUUUGCCAAAGAAAAUGGUUGCCGAGUGCGAUACAUUUGUCGACAAGUACUCCGAGGAGCUGAUCGAUAUGGUGAUUGCCGAGUACACACCUGAGGAGGUCUGCACAAAUUUGAAGAUGUGCGGCCCUAAGGAGUUUGAGAGUGAAAUGAUGACGGGCAAUGACGAAAAGCAGGCUCACAUUGAAACCAAUGAGAUUGUCUUGCCGAAAGAUGAUGAACUUGUCAAGGCUGUGUCCAAUGCUAAAGAUGACAACAGGUGCGUCAUCUGCGAGUUCGUCAUGACCCAGCUGGAUGAUAUGCUCAAGAACAAUGCCACUGAGGAUGACAUCAAAAAUGCAGUGCACACUGUCUGCAACUACCUGCCAAAGUCCGUUUCUACAAAGUGCAAUGAAUUUGUCAACGAAUACGCUGAUCUCGUAAUCCAACUGCUGGUGCAGAGUUUGGAUCCAAAGCAAGUCUGCCAGGAGCUUGGCCUCUGCAACCAGGCUGUUAAAACCGCCGAAGAAAAGUGCACUUUGUGCCUUGUUGUGGUCGAGGCCAUGGACAAGUUGCUGGAGGAUGGAAGCGUCGAGAAGGACGUCGCCACCAUUCUGGAUAAGGUCUGCAGUGUUGUGCCCAAGUCGAAGAAGCAGCAGUGCCGUAAUGUGAUCGACGAGUACGGCCCAAGCAUCAUGCUUUUGGUUGCCCAGUUGGCCGACAAGAAUGAUGUGUGCGCUCAGGUGAAGAUAUGCCCUGUUCCUUCCGGAAACAGGAGCCACCUGCUUGGCGCUAAGAAGUGCACUUUCGGGCCUUCCUACUGGUGCCAGUCGGAAUUCCACGCCAUGGCUUGCAAGGCCACCAAGCACUGCCAGGAAAAGGUCUGGAAGGCAGCCAAGCCUUGAAAGCUCACUUGGAGCUAUUAUAAAGAAAGGAGAAUACGAAUAAAAGAAAAUAUUAUAAGACGAGUUAAUUUUAAACAGCAUGAGUGAUAAUAAUUAUCGAGACAUGGAAAUUGCUACUUUGAUUUUUAUGUAAAUGAUAAAUAUCUCGGUUAAAAAUAAAGCUAGAUCAAUGUAUUU